CCCUGCUUCCGCUUUUGCUGUACUGACUCCUUCUGUCUGUAUACUAGGCCAUGGACGUCAUCUUAAACAUCCAGCGCUAUUCUUUUUAAUGUAAAAAGAUUUACAAGUGGCCAGAGAGAAAAGAGGGGCAGGAUCUGGAUCUGUUACCGUAUCUGGCUGAGGGUUGUAGGCCGGUUAAUGCAUAGAGUAAAGAAGGUUAAACUUGAAGACGAAACUGAAGGUAGUCGGAAAAGAUUGGCCUGGAAGCAUUGAUCUUAAGUGUUCAGUUUGGCAGCUGUCAGGAUGACCGCAGUGGACGAGCUCUCAGACAGCACUGAGGUGGUGGAGAUGGAGGACGCCCCCAGCCAGUUCUUUGUGGAGAAGCACUCGUGGGACGGCCUGCGGGACAUCAUCCACAGCAGCCGCAAGUACUCAGGGAUGAUCGUCAACAAGGCGCCACACGACUUCCAGUUUGUACAGAAGAGAGAUGAGUCGGGCCCCCACUCUCAUCGGCUCUACUACCUCGGAAUGCCCUAUGGGAGCAGGGAAAAUUCACUACUUUACUCUGAAAUUCCUAAGAAGAUCAGAAAAGAGGCUCUCUUGGUGCUGUCCUGGAAACAGAUGCUGGAUCACUUUCAGGCGACGCCGCAUCAUGGUGUCUAUUCAAGAGAGGAAGAGCUUCUGCGAGAAAGGAAGAGGCUGGGCGUUUUUGGGAUAACGUCUUACGACCACCAUGCAGAGAGUGGGCUUUUCCUCUUCCAGGCCAGCAACAGCCUUUUCUACUGCCGUGAUGGCGGACAUAAUGGCUUUAUUCAGGGAUCCCCAAUGAAGCCAGUGGAGAUAAAGACUCAGUGCUCAGGGACGCGGAUGGACCCCAAAAUCUGUCCAGGGGAUCCAAGCUUCAUAGCCUUCAUCAACAGCAAUGACCUAUGGGUGGCCAACAUCGAGUCAGGGGAGGAGAAAAGGCUCACCUUCUGUCAUCAAGGUCUGAAUAAUGUAAAGAAUGACCCAAAGUCUGCAGGUGUGGCCACAUUUGUGAUCCAGGAGGAGUUUGACCGCUUCACUGGGUACUGGUGGUGUCCAGCUGCCCCUGAAGACUCGGACAGGGGCAGAACUCUGCAGCUGUUGUACGAGGAGGUGGACGAGUCUGAGGUGGAGAUCAUCCACGUGCCAUCACCGGCCCUGGAGGAACGCAAGGCAGAUGCUUACAGAUACCCUCGCACUGGCAGUAAAAAUCCCCAAAUCACCCUCAAACUGGCAGAGAUAAAAACUGACCAUCUUGGUAGGAUCGUGAGGACUCAGGACAAAGAGCUGGUCCUGCCCUUCACUACGCUGUUUCCUGGUGUGGAGUACAUUGCCCGGGCUGGCUGGACCAGAGAUGGAAAAUUUGCCUGGGCUGUCCUCCUCGAUCGGAGCCAGCAGAGGCUGCAGUUGGUUCUGCUGCCCCCUGCGCUCUUCAUUCCUGUCACAGACGAGCCCAUUCAGCGCCAGGAGAAAGUUGAGGCAGUCCCUGACAGCGUCCACCCCUUCGUUAUCUACGAGGAGGUCACUGACAUCUGGAUCAAUGUUCAUGACAUUUUCUACCCAUUUAUCCAAACGAAAGACGAUGAGAUUACCUUUCUCUGGGUGAAUGAGUCCAAAACGGGCUUCUGUCAUCUAUACAGAAUCACAUCUGUGUUACAGCCUGGCUGCUACCAGUGGUCCAGAUGUUACACACACACUGAGGGCGAUUUUAAGUGCUCGAUAAAGGAGGAGCUGACCCUGACCAGUGGGGAGUGGGAGGUGCUGGCCCGUCAUGGCUCGAAGAUAUGGGUCGACGAAGCCACCAAGCUGGCAUACUUCCAGGGCACAAAGGACACUCCUCUGGAGCACCACCUGUAUAUGGUCAGCUACAGCUCCCCAGGCGACGUCGUGAGACUCACCAAGCCUGGCUUCUCGCACACCUGUUCCAUAAGUCCGAACUUCGACAUGUUCAUCAGCCAUUACAGCAACGUGAGCACUCCCCCAUGUGUUCACGUCUACAAACUCUUGGGCCCCGACAGUGACCCCUUGCACAAGCAGCCUGAGUUCUGGGCCAGCAUGAUGGAAGCCUCAAUUUGCCCUUCAGAUUACAUACCGCCAGAGAUUUUUGAUUUCCCGGGAAAAUCUGGCUUCCAGUUGUACGGAAUGGUGUUCAAGCCUCACAACUUGAUGCCUCACAAGAAACAUCCUACAAUCCUCUUUGUAUACGGAGGACCUCAGGUUCAGCUGGUGAAUAACUCCUUUAAGGGAGUCAAGUAUUUGCGGUUGAACACGCUGGCAUCCUUGGGCUACGCAGUGGUGGUCAUCGAUGGCAGGGGCUCCUGUCAGAGGGGCUUGAAGUUUGAAGGGGCUCUGAAGAACAGGAUGGGCCAGGUGGAGAUCGAGGACCAGGUGGAAGGUCUUCAGUUUGUCGCAGAGAAGUACAGUUUUGUGGACCUCAGCCGUGUGGCCAUCCAUGGCUGGUCUUACGGGGGCUUCCUGUCCCUCAUGGGUCUCAUUCACAGGCCCAACAUCUUCAAGGUGGCCGUCGCAGGUGCCCCCGUGACCGUCUGGAUGGCGUAUGACACUGGCUACACUGAACGCUACAUGGACGAACCGCAGAACAAUCAGCAAGGCUACGAGGCGGGAUCUGUGGCCCUGCACGUGGACAAGCUCCCUAACGAACCCAAUCGUUUACUAAUUUUACAUGGAUUUCUUGAUGAAAAUGUGCACUUUUUCCACACCAAUUUCCUGAUUUCACAACUAAUCCGUGCUGGGAAGCCUUACCAGCUCCAGAUCUACCCCAACGAGCGGCACAGCAUCCGGUGCCCAGAGUCAGGAGAGCAUUAUGAGAUUAUGCUGCUGUACUUUCUCCAGCAAUACCUCUGAGGGUCUCCCUCGCUGGGCACGGGGGGGUGGGGAUACCCCUGCUCCUUCCCCCCUACGCCUGCAGCGCUGCACCUCCUCAUACCUCCUCCUAACACGGUCCAGGGCCGCGACGGACGGCGCCCAGCCGCCCGCUCUUCACCGUGAUGCCACGCCCCCCCCCACUGCGUGACCCUAGUGCUCGUCUCCUGGCGUCUCGCCCCUUUGGUGGAAAGAGGCCUUUUUCUAAGUCCGCCUUCUGAUCCACCAGAAGGCUUUCAAGCCCAGUUUAUAGACUGGAGGAUGAAGAACGGAAGAAGGACAAACACAGUAAUGACUUACUAGUAAUUUAUAAAUUAGAAAUGUGCCACAACUGCUAUCUGGUAUCAUUUCUUGUUUUGUUAUUUUGGUUUUUUUGUGGAAACUGGUUUUGUUUUGCUGCCCCGCAUGACAUCGAGUCAGUCUGCACAGGUGGCACGCGGCAGGGCAGUCACGCAAACACAAGUACACUCUUGCCAACUUUUCACAUCAUCUGAUAUGUAUCUUUUCCCUUUGUUUUUUUUUUUUUAAAGCUGUUACGCCUCAAAACACCGUUUCACGUUUUGUGCGCUAAAUGUUUGGUUGUGGUGGGGUGUGGGUUGGGGCGGUAGUGAAAAUGGUUUAUUAGUGAUUGCAACUGCCAAGUACUACCUGCACCCAGUAUUUUAAGUGUGUAUUAUUAAAAGAAAAUAUUUUUAUGAACUCUUAUUCUUUUAUAAUGAGUAGAAUAUGUAGCAGCUCAUUAAAGUACUGCAGUCGCGCUUCUUCCCUUCUAUAGUCACCUGCUGCUGAUGCAGCAUUUCAGUCUCUCUGCACGGGGAUGCAGGCCUGCAUACUAUAGAUGCAUAUUUCCGGGGAUGCGGGCCUGCAUACUAUAGAUGCAUAUUUCCGGGGAUGCGGGCCUGCAUGCUAUAGAUGCAUAUUUCCGGGGAUGCAGGCCUGCAUGCUAUAGAUGCAUAUUAAUGGGGAUGCAGGCCUGCAUACUAUAGAUGCAUAUUUCCGGGGAUGCAGGCCUGCAUGCUAUAGAUGCAUAUUAAUGGGGAUGCAGGCCUGCAUACUAUAGAUGCAUAUUUCCGGGGAUGCAGGCCUGCAUGCUAUAUUCCUGGGUUCCUGCGCCUGAUCGUUGGUGCUUGAGUGUUUUAAAAAUUGACCGUGGCAUAACGUUCAAAGAACUAUCAGAGGGAUGAUUCACAAUGCAUGCACGACCUUUGUCUGUGGCUGAAUGUCAGCGACACAUCGGAUGUUAACGGGAAAAUUACAGAAAAGUUACCUAAAGCCGGCAGCCUUUGCUGCACAAUGCUCUCCUCACAAAUGUUUAUGAAAAUAUAAGAUCCUGUUUUUUUUUUGUUUAUUUUUUUUUGCCCUUCUCAUUUUCUUUCUAAGUUCUGCAUGGAUCUCACAGUGCCUUUUAUAGGUGACCUUGAAGCAUGGAUGGUUUUUAUUUCAGGAGCGCCUUUGUGCCGUUAAAACACAAGUGUGUGGCUUUGGAGCAUUGCAUUAUGGGCAAAUGGGGAAGCCUCAUUUAGUUACAUUUGUAACUCUUUUUUUUUGUCCCCUUACAGAAAGGUCUUUUAUUCUGACUGUUCAUCAAUGUCUUGUGCCUCUGUUGUUCAUGGUAAGCGUGUGUGAAGUCUGUCAUUGCUGCUGUUUGAAUCUUUGGGAAUUAAGAUCGGGUUGGUUUUAAAAUAAACUGCUAAGGAUGAAGGCUCUCCCCCCUCAGUUGAAAUGCUGUAUAGUUUGACGUCCAAAAUCAGGUGUUAUUUAAUAGAGUUUAAAUGCUCCAUGAAGUUUUACAUUUUUUCCUGUAGGACAACAUUCAUUCUCCCUGCAUCUGUUACGUUUUUGAGGGGUUGGGUGCAUUUUUUGUUGGAGGGUCUGAAUUGCUAAUUAAAGUGGGGUCCAAUGAGCCGAACCUGGACUCUGCAAUGGCAGUGCUGUCCAAACCAAGACCACAUGGAGGAAAGACAGAUUUGUGGUUCAGGUUUGUGUCCUCGCCGUAUUUGAUUUUGCAAACUAAAACUGAAAACACUCCCCCCCAGGUCCUUAUCAUAUAUAAUGUAUCAAAGUAUGUGCACCUUUGUCCUGCAGCAAACACUUAUGCAGCAUAUCCAUAAAUCAGGCUGUUUGAGAACGUCGCAGGUGCUGAGCAGAUUAGCUACCUAUGGAAACUGUAACAGAUGUGUCUUUAAAUGACUUAUGUUCCCUUGGAACAUCAUAAUGUGUGUGUUGCUCUUGAACGUCGGCCAAGGCGUCAAUCUGAUAAAAGCAUAUGGCUGCCGGCACAGCACAGGCUGGGUUUGACGCCACUCUGCCGCUGUGCAAAGAUCUGCUCAGAACAACAGUGUUUGACUGCUGGCUUAUGGCUGUGCGUGGAAACUACUGAGAGAGUGAUGUUACAACACCAGGUGUUGAUGAAUUAUGAAAUGCAUAUUAGAUCUUUUUGCGAUUCAGGUAGACCUCUGUCAUGAUUUUGUUGUGAUUUCUUUCCUCUGCCAGAUUCUGCGUAUGAUUUGUCUGUUUAUUGUCUGCUUGAGUCUAACUUUAGUUUUUGUCUGGAACAGUUUUUGAUGGAAUGGUUCUGAAGAUGGUGUCGCAAUGUAAAGCACUUAUAUGAAAUUUAGUAAUGCACAAACAGCUAGGUAGAAACGUGAGUUUCUUUUAAAGCGGUCCAGUCGUAUGAAGCCGUGUUUGAAUGACUUGGCUUAUUUCCUGAUGAGGUAUAAACCUUAAACGCUUGUAGGCUGAGCUGUGGAAUGGUGAAUAUGACCAAGGGAAACAUCUGAGCUUCUUCUCCUGUAGCUGGGCUUGCAUGCUGUAUGAUGCUAUUGGCAUUGUGUGUUAAGCACAUCUGAUUGUCAUAUUGCAAGCACUGUGACGGUCAGCUUUUCUCAGUCAAUAAGCUCCGCUAAAACAUUUUCAUAGGAAACAAGAUGUAGCUGGCUUUGCAAUUUUAAUAAUUGUUCAUUUCCAAAAUUAUCUAGUAUAUGUUUAAAAAAAUGUCCGGUGUUUUUGUGUGAACUCUGCUCUCCGAGUCGUCAGUCAUAAACAUUUUCAUUCUU